AUGAUGCACCGUGUGUUUUGUGUCGUGUUGGCGCUUACACUGCUGUGCUGCUGCUCGUGCGUGUUUGCCGUGGAGGAGGAGGAGGAGGAUGAGGAGGUGCUACCGGUGAAUGCAGUGUGUGCGGGUGACGGUGAAAAAGUUGGGCGCUGGCAACUCCGUGGGAAGUCACUGUGGUAUGACUGCACGGCUGAAGCUGGCGGUUUGGGAAGUGUGAUUUGCGGCAUGGGCGUAGGAAACUGUGAGCCCGAGGAUGUUGAGAGGCGCACCAAAGGAGUUGCGAAGGAUGGCGUCUUCACGAUCAACGUCUCCACGUUUACUCCAAGCGCGGUGAAGAGUUGGUGGGAGCGUAACGUGGAGAAGGCGGUCACCGCUGCAAUUGGUGCAGCCAAACCUCCGGAAGUUCCUCGGAGCCCUCCAGACGACAAGGAUUCUCGUGACACCUCCACACCAGAUUCUGAAUCUCCUGCUGACGCUGCGAAUUCCGCUGGUGCCCGUUCACUGGCUGAAACUCCUCCGGGUGGCGCUGGUGAAAGUGUUCCGGCCACACGUCCGGAAGCAGGCAUUCCGGCGGCUCGACAAGAGGAGGCUUCUCGUGACGCCUCCACACCAGAUUCAAAAUCUCCUCCUGCUGUCGUUGAGAAUUCCACGGAUGUCCCUCCUCCUCCACCACCUGCAACUCCAGGCGGCGCUGGUGCUAACUCUGCUGCUGGCGCUGCGGCCACGACGGAUCCUUCUGAGGCCUCGCGAGCACCAGAUUCCGCUCCCGCUGGUGAUCCUCAAGGCGCUGCACAUUCUACUUCUGCUGCUUCUGCUGCAUCCGAAUCCCCACCAGAUCCAAAGCCCACAGAAGGCGGCGACCACUUUUCCCAUGACCCUCCAGUGGAGCUGCAGGAAGAGACUGCUGCUGCGCCACCGACUCAGUUGUCCCAGACCGGCGAGGACGGGGGUGCAGCGGAAGGCGCCGAAGAGGACACCGCCGCCAACACCACCACCGAGACUGCUUCUAGCGAAGGAAAUAAUAUGGCGGCAAGCAUGCCGGCUCCCCUUUCCUCUGCGCCCACAACGAACGCGCUGGAGAAAAGUGUGGGAACUGACGCCUGCUUCCAUGACACCCUUCUGCAUGCCCGGCUGCUGCUUGUUCUGGCUGCACUCACCUACGGGACACUGGGCUGA